AUGCCGACGAUUCGAGUCCUGCUGUUUGCUGCAGCACGAGAAGCGGCUGGAAACGUCCCUUCUGUGGACGUUGAUCUGCAAGAAGGAUCCGCCGACACGGCGGUGCUAAGUAGAUCUUCGCUGGCAGAAAAGUAUCCCAAGCUCGCACCGCUUGUCUCCAACGAAGAAUAUAUCACCCUUGCCUUGAACGAAGAAUACGUGCCUAAAGGAUCCGUUCUCCCCUUGAAAGCUGGAGACGUUGUCGCUCUCAUCCCGCCCAUCAGUGGGGGUUAG